UAAAGAAAUUAAUUUGCAGAAGUGAAGCAGCCGCAGCCGCAAACAGAAGCAAAGCAUCUAGAAGAGAUAAGAAUUUUGUACUUUUAUACAGCGCCACAAAGAAUCCAAAGAAUGACCGAACUGCGCAACGAGAUGGACAGCGAUCUGGACCAGAACUACUCUCUGAACAGCAAUGCGGACCCAAAGAAUAUGCAGGAGCUGACCAUUUACGUACAAAAUCUGUUGCAGAACGUUCAGGACAAGUUUCAGACGAUGUCCGACCAGAUUAUCACGCGCAUCGACGACAUGGGCAACCGCAUCGACGAUCUGGAGAAGAGCAUCGCGGACCUGAUGAACCAGGCUGGGAUUGAGGGCCAGGGCCCGGAGAAAUGAGACCCGUAGAAUCGCGUCGUCCGGACACGCCCAUCUAAAAAGUGCAUCCCAAUACCAUAAGAUACAUACAUCGAACACCUGGCACCCAGUCACCCGAAUCAAAUUUACAAUUCCAGGCUCUCACAUUCAUUUAAUCUCCCUCGCACCCAGUUGCUCUAAAAACCCCACAUUUGCUCAUCCGUUUAUUGCAUAGUUCUAAGUUUCUCCCACAUGGGGGCAUCAUAAUUUAAGUAAAGUAAUUCUUUUGUGAGCAAGGGCUAAUAAUUUUGAAUUAUUGCCGUUUAGUUUAUAUGUAUUAAUUAAAAAUUUGAGAAUUGUAAAA